AAGUCGGUGAGUAAUAACUGAUUGUUUAGUCGAUUGCCAGCCAAGCAAGCUUCUUUUUCAUCUGAGUGUAUUUAAAAAUAAAAGAGAUUGUACAAGUACAUCUACUAUGUCAUUAAUCAAAAGAAUUUCCUACGAUGAGGAAAAGAAGAAAAAUCCUGAAUUGAAAGAUGCCGAUAUACAAAUCUUAAAGGAUUGGUGCAUGAAACAACCGCAUCUUCCAAAAAUUUUAGAUAUUGAAUAUGUAUUAUUCUUACAUAGUAACUACUAUCAUAUCGAGGCUGCUAAGAAUACCAUCGAAGAAUAUUACACUUCCAGGACUCACAUGCCAGAAUUUUUUUCUGAUAGAGAUCCACUUGGAACGAAGCAAUUACGAGAAAUAUUUAAAGUUACGGCGCAGAUGACAUUAUCAAUGCCAACGGAGGAAGGAUACAAAAUUGUUUAUACGAGAUUAAUAGAUUAUGAACCAUCACGUUUUAUUUAUAAUGAUGUCAUGAAAUAUUUUUCUAUGGUGGUUGACUUGUGGUUGUACACUGAAGGAACCGCCAAGGGCCAUGUAAUUGUUAUAGACAUGACAGGUGUUACUUUCGCUCAUGCUGGCCGUCUUAGUCCAAUAGGGAUUAAAAAAUAUCUUUAUUACUUACAAGAAGCUAUACCAAUCAGACUUAAAGGUUUGCACUUUAUUAAUACCAAUGCAGUCAUGGAUAUCAUUUUGUCGAUGAUGAAGCCGUUUAUGAAGAAGGAAUUAAUGGAUGUGUUACAUAUUCAUACUAGCCCGAAAGAUACGCUAGGAAAAUUCAUGCCAUUGGAAGCAUUUCCAUGCAAUGUAGGUUUAGAAGGGAAUGCUAGACCAUGGAACGAACAACAAGAAGAGCAAUUAAAAAGGCUAGAACAUCAUCGUGAAUGGUUUCUACAAGACGAAGUCACAAGUCGUGUAAACGAAGCAUUAAGAAUAGGCAAAAGCAAAACGAUAGACAUGUUUGGGGUCGAAGGAAGUUUUAAACAACUAGAUAUAGAUUGAUUUGUGUGUUUAAUUUAUCCGGAAGACGUAAACAUAUAAAAUAUUGCUUAGAGUGGUGUGUUUUAAUUAUCUAAAUACAUAUUUUUUUUAUAUA